AUGAGGAACUCAUCUAGAACCAAUUUUUGGCUUAUUUUCAUAUUUUGUUCCGCAAUUUUCCUCUUCUUAGUGGUGUCCAGAAAUAAUUUGUACAAAUGUGAAAAAUCUGAAAAUCUAGAGGAAAAACCUGAAAAUUCAAAACUUCCCGAGAUUCCAGAUGUUAUGUUGAAUGGAUUUAGAAUUCAGGAUCUAAAAAAUGCACCCUUCCCUCCUGAACUCCCUGGACCAUUUCGAAUGGAAUUUCCACCUCCAGACACUCGAAAAACCCUACAAAUUCAACUGUUCACUGUGAAAAAUGGGCGGGGCUUGGGUCAAAUUCUAUUCGAGCUAUCAUCACUUUUUGGCAUUGCUCAGCAACUUGGCAGAGCGCCAAAAAUACAAAGAGUGGGCGGAGUUUGGGAUACUGUAGUUCGAGAAGUGUCACAGUAUUUUCCAGUUUUUGGCGCCAAAUUUGAAAUUAGCGAUUUAGAGGAAUCUGCCGCUGUAUCUGUAAAUCUCAAUAUUCGUUUUUGUUGUAAAUUUGAGGACCCGCGAAAUUUGAAUUCUAUCGAUCAACAACAUUUGAUGCUUAAUGGCGUCUAUUUUCAGAGUUUCAAAUAUUUUAACGAUUAUCAAUCUGAAAUUCGUUUGUCUUUGACUCCACCCCCAGAAAGUGCGAUUCGAGCGGAAUUACUCAUUUCAGAAGAGUUCAAAAGCGAUUUUUUAAUUUGUGUUCACACAAAAAAUUCAAAAAUUGAUGCAUCUAUACUUUCAAAGCCUUCAGACCCAGUUUUCACACGUGCCGCUACAGAUUAUUUGGUGAGAAAAUGUAUAAGCUCCGCCCACUUACUAGGCCACGCCCCCUUUUUUACAGAUAAUGACACUGGAAAACGGAUUACUGUAGCUGUGAUGGGUAAUGAUCCACUAUGGGUGCAGGAUUUGUUUAAUGACAAAAUUGGCAAGUCCAACUAUUUCAACAGGUUUAAUGAGUCAAUUAUUCCGGAAGAUUCUCCGGAUUAUACGGUCCUUCUCACUCUCGGAUUGUCUGAAAUAGAUGACAUGGCAGUUUCUAGAAAUUUCUGUGACAUUUUUCUAUUAACAGCGCCCACCAGCUCCUUCGGCUGGUGGUUGGCGUAUUUGGCAAAGGAGAAUUCAGAGGUUUACUAUCGAGACCCCAAAGAGGCGCCCGAUCAAUUUUUCGCGGAAAUGAGGCUGCCGGAUUUUUAUCCAAUUUCUUGGAAUAAAUUGAAAAGUUCCCGAAUUUUCGGGAACCGGGAACAUUCGCGUUUUACAGAACUCUCCACUGGAAGAAAAACGGCAAAACUGAAUUCUCAACGACACCCGGAUCCUUGGCGUUCUUUGUUUUCAACGCAACCAACUUCGAGAUCGUCCAAGGUGCGAUGGAGGGUCCACCGAUGCAACCCGGAUGAUUAUUCCGCUCGAAGGAUCUUCUCCAGCCAAAGGAACUCUCGAUAUGGAAAAGACCGAGGACGAAAUGUUUUGUAUGAUAGCUGUCGUCGUCGUUCUCUUCUUUAUUUUGUUGCAAUUGCUGCGAUCCAAGAGUACAAGCAUAGCAAUACGAGUGUAAGACAGUUUGAAGGGACGAUCAACGAAACCGCAGUCUAA